AUGACGGGUUUUGUUCCACGAUUCCGACCGAGUGCAUUUGGAAGGAUUAAGUUGAGAUGUCGAUUCCAAUUUAGAGGGCAAAGUUAUAGCCAUAAACUACUAAUUAUGACAUCUAUUGCGAGGAGUAUCUUCUUGUUUGUUUUCAUUGUUGUAGUAGCUGUACAGACGGUUCGAGGUAUAAAAUGUUGGGUUUGUGAUGGGAAAAGGACUCUGAAAGCAUGCCAUGCACAAUACGGAAAGAUGCUUGAAUGUCCAAACGCUGACGAUGUAUGCCAAAAUGACUACAGGACUGCACAAGGUAAACCUCUCAUUACAAAAGGAUGUAAACAAGCCAAAGCAUGCGAAACGGAAGUCAAACAGAACAAGGAUAAGAAUCAAUGUGGAAGAAAAAGAUUAAUUAAAAACAUGGUCUGCAGAUGUUGUUGCUCAUUUUCUGGCUGUAAUUCUAAAGAAUCUGGAUGUUUGCCACCUCCAGCACCAUGCAAGAGAAUACCACAAUUAAAGAACGGCCAAACCAGGUGCCCAGUAGACAUCGAUUUCGGAUCACAAUGUUUCUUCAGAUGUCAUCAGGGCUACGAAAUGAAAGGCAAAAACAAGGCAAGGUGCUUAAGAUUGUCAAAGGGAAGUAAAAAAGGCCGUUGGAACCCUGAAAAGUUGCCAGUGUGUGAAAAGGUCAUUGUACGCUGUGAUCCGCCAAGAGUUGCCCCAACAAAUGGCUUCAUACAAUGCAAAAACGCAUUAGAAUUUGCCAAAGAAAGUGACCUCAACUAUGAAGGAUCUAAAUGCUCAUAUCAGUGCAAAGCGAAUUACUAUCUUAAAGGUAAAGCAAACUCUGUAUGUGCUAACAGCGGUAGGUGGAAUAACCCGGAACCUAGAUGUGAGAUGGGGCAGUGUGAAAACAUGGAAAACGAUCCAAACAGAAUAGAAACUUGUACAGACAACUACAAUUUCGGUAGCACGUGUACAUUUAGCUGUAAGGAAGGGUUCAAUUUAAUAGGAAGCAAACGUUCAGAAUGCCUUCAGUCGGGUCGCUCAGCUCAGGGACAAUGGUCCAGAACAUUUCCUCGAUGUGCUGAAGUAAUUUGUAAUCCAGUUCUUACAAAUCCCGCUUAUGGUAAGGUAUCCUGCACAAAAGAAAACUUCAAAGGAAGCGUGUGCACCUAUACGUGCAACGAAGGUUAUGAUUUGGAUAAAACAAACCGAACGUCUGUUAGUUCGGUUUGUGAAGAUGACGGAAACGGCGAUGCGUUUGGAAAGUGGAGUGCAGAUGCCCCUACAUGUUCGGAGAUAAAAUGCGAACCCGCAUUCGUUGAUCCGGUUGGUGGUCAAGUGGUUUGCACAAAUCGCAAUAGAUUCGGCAGUGUUUGUACUUUUUCAUGCAAUUCACAAAACGACUUAGAUGAUACAACUCAACCAACAAUGGAAUCAACGUGUCAGAAUGACGAAAAUGGAGACAAUAUCGGAAAAUGGUCACGUCCAGCGGCCGAAUGCAGUCCUAUCACGUGUCAACCAGAGUUCAAGGAGACCAGAACCCAGAAAUUAAGCUGCACUAACGGCAAUGCUAAAAAUAGCGUAUGUACUUUUAUGUGCGCGGAAGAUUACGACCUCGAUGGAGGCAUUGAAAGAACUCAAACAUCCACUUGUCAACCACCAGUAGACGGAACAUCGAUAGGAAAAUGGACGAAGAAUAAACAACCGGAAUGCACUUCAAUAAAAUGCCCCCCGCAACCUUUCCCUGAUAAUGGCUUUCGAAUUUGCUCUACCUUCGACUUCAUGCGCGGCACAUUUUGUGUAUUCAUGUGCGAAGAUGGAUACGACUUAAUUGGCAAAUCGUACAUGUCUUGCCAAGAUUCUAAACAAGACGGUGAUGCAAUUGGUGAAUGGACUGACCCGACGCCGACAUGUAGACUCGGGCAAUGUACUGUCACGAAAUAUGACAAAAGCACUGUUGUUGAAGAUUGUGCGCCUCCAAAAGGAUACAAGGUUUCAGAAUACAGAGUAGGCACAGUGUGCACAUACCGAUGCAUAAGUGAUGCAUACUACAUGGUUCCCAACGUAGGCGAUGAACCAGUAAUGAGUGGGGAAACGAUAAGUAAGUGUAAUAUCGAGAAAAAAUGGACAAAAAAAGAACCUAGGUGUCUCAAAAAAACAUGUCAACCAAAAUUGUUACCACCUGACAAUGGAUACCUUCCACUUUGCACAAAUGGAAACGACUUUGGUUCGAAAUGUACAUUCUCUUGUCAAGAAAAGCAUGCAUUGACUCAAGAACGACCUCUGGUGUGCGAAGCUGACGAAGACAAUGAUCAAUACGGUAGGUGGAGCGAGAUUAUUCCGGAGUGUAAACGCAGCCAUUGUGAUGAGUUUGGAACAGUUUUACACGGCAAGAUCAACUGUACCGAUGGAACGAAAAUCGGCUCUGUGUGCAAUCUUAAAUGUAUUGAUCGUUAUACAGCCAAACGAUACGAAGAAACUGAAUGUCUCGAUACAAUAAACUGGAGCAGACGACAGUAUUACUGCUGCGUACGAUGUUUGUUUAACAGGCGCUUGAAAAUCACAGCGGUAUUUGAUACCACCGCGUUUCAAACACGUGACGAUUGGCAAUACAUCGUUGACUUCACGCGAUCGUAUCUGGCUCCGAUGCUUAGAUUUCGACUAGACAUCGGAUUUGCUGCCUUGACUUAUUCUGAUGAUAUAGAUGAAGAAACAUUGAUACCGAUGCGUCGACUUCGAUAUCCAAAUGAAUUGGACGAAUUGGUGUCAGAAUUAGAGAACAUGCAUUUUGGUGGACAUGUGGCCAACACUGGGCGAGCACUUGACUUUGUAAACGACGUCAUCUACGAGAGAAUUGAUAGAAGAAGAGAGCAUUUCGUUGUUCUUGCGACAUCAGGAAGAUCGAGAGAUGACGUUCGUGAUGCAUCUAGGCAACUUCGCGACAGAGGUGUCAACAUUCUGGCAACCGGUGUGAAACUUGACAAAGUGGCGGAAGAAGAACUUAUACAAAUGGCUGGAAUGGAAAGGAACGUCUUUACUGCUGCAAAAUUUCAGGACAUGGCAUCCAUACCGGCUAAAAUAUUUGAGAUUUCUAGAACAACUGGGUGUACCACUGCCAGCAAAUCUCAGUCCUGUCCUUGUGUUCAGCAUCAAAUUUUCAAAAACAUUAGAGUCGGCAUGAAUAUUUUUCUGUCAGUUUUCGUCAGCUUGCUGGUCGUCUAUUUAAAUGUCAGCUUGGUUCAAGGUAUCAAAUGCUGGACAUGCGAUGGAAAAAACAGUUUAAAGGAAUGUCAUGCACAGUACGGGAAAAUGUUGGAAUGCUCCCAACCAGACCAUGUCUGUCAAAACGAUUAUCGAACUGUGAGAGGUAAACCACUUAUUAUAAAGGGAUGUAAACAAGAACGAGCUUGCAUAACAGAAGUCAAACAGAACAAAAAUGACAAUCAAUGUGGAAGAGUCAGAUUGUUGAAAAAUCUUGUUUGCAGAUGUUGUUGCUCAUUCUCAGGAUGUAAUUCCAAAGAAUCCGGAUGUCUACCACCACCCGCUCCAUGUAAACGAAUACAAUCAAUAAGAAAUGGUAGAACAUAUUGUCCACACGGAGAAAUUAAAUUUGGCACGCAGUGUUCCUUUAGUUGUAACAACGGUUUUGAACUAGUCGGAAAAAAGACAGCAACUUGUAGACCUCUCAGCAAAGGAAGUAAAAAAGGAAAGUGGAUACCCGAAGAACUACCAUUCUGUAAGAAAAUAAUAAUCAAAUGUGAACCUCCAAGAACAGCUCCUGAAAGCGGUUUUCUAUCCUGUAAAAACUCCAAAGAAUACGCAAAGUUUGAUGGUUUCAACUACGCGGGCUCCACCUGUACUUACGCCUGUGAGCAAAAUUAUUACGUUGCAGGAAAGAGAAUAACACAAUGCGAGUUUAAUCGAGACUGGAACAAUCCUCCUCCAACAUGUAAAGUGGGAAUUUGCGAACCAGAGAAGGAAGAUCCGAAUCGUAUAGAAAAAUGCACGAAUGGAAAUAUGUUUGGAAGUUCGUGCACAUUUGAAUGCAAAGAAGGAUUCAACCUCAUCGGACAUAAGAAAUCAGAUUGUGCCCAAAUUGGUUACAGCGAAAAAGGCUUUUGGACGAAAAGGUUCCCGCGUUGUGCGAAGAUAAUUUGUUUCCCAGAAUACACAAAAUUUACUCAAGGCACGGUAAAGUGCAGUGACAAUAACUUCAAGGACAGCGUUUGUACAUUCACCUGCAAUUUCGGAUAUGAUAUCACCGAAACAGAAAAACCGUUUAAAGAAAUAAUAUGUCAGGACGACGAUACUGCGGACACAAAGGGGCAGUGGUCUGGCAAUCCACCAGUAUGUGAGCAAAUUACUUGCAAACCCGCACUGCAUGAUCCCCAAAACGGGCAAGUUGCGUGUUCAAACAAGAAUAAUAUUGGAAGCAAUUGUACCUUUUCUUGUAAUGAAGGUUACGAUUUGGAUGGCACUGUGGAAUCUUCCAUUGAAUCACUAUGCAGAGAUGAUGGGGACGGGGACGAAGUGGGAGAAUGGACAGUUCCUGAAGCAACGUGCAGUCCAAUCACUUGUAAACCUGCAGCAUCAAACCCCAGUGAUGGAUAUGUGAGGUGCACAAACAGAAAUUUCCAUAAAAGCACAUGCUCUUAUGAAUGUGAGGAUGAUUACGACUUGGACGAUACCAAUGAUUUGGUCGCUUUAAGAACCUGUGAGGAUAGCGGAAAAGGCGUGGCAGAGGGUGAAUGGAGCGGUAAACCUCCCACGUGUUCCACCAUAAUAUGUGAACCUUUGCCAGAGUUUCGUGAUGGUUUCCGAUUUUGUUCAAUGCAGGGGGGCUUGAGUGGCGCCUUUUGCGUGAUGUCUUGCAACGACGGAUAUGAAGCGAUAGGAAAGACGUACAUCAGUUGCUCGAAUUUGAAAAGAGACGGGGAUCCAGUAGGUGAAUGGAGCGAUACACCAGCUGUAUGUGAAUUAAGUUACUGUGAGCCACCGAAAUACGACGCAUCGACUGUGGUACAAAAUUGCAAGGCACCAAAAGGCUAUGCCAUCGAUGAAUACAGAGUAGGAACGGUAUGCGAAUACAAAUGUAUUAACGAAGGUUACUACAUGGUACCAAACACUGGCGAUGAAGUCGUCCUUCAAGGUUUUAUAAGAGACAGGUGCAAUGUAAAUAAAAAAUGGUCGAACCGCCCGCCUCGAUGUUUUCCUAAAACUUGCUUGCCUCCCAUAACUACACUUGAGAAUGGUCAUACGCCUAAAUGCACCAAUGGUAACACUUUCAACUCCAGGUGUCGUUUUGAAUGCUUGGCAAAAUACGGGCUAACGCAUGAAAAUCCUUUAGUAUGCCGAGCUGAUGAUGACAAUGAUCAGUAUGGUAAAUGGAGUGAAGAAAUACCCAAAUGUGAGAGGAAUGAAUGUGAUGAGUUUGGAAUUAUUAAUAACGGAAAAUUGAACUGUUCUAACGGACUAAAAAUCGGUUCUACGUGUGAUUUGACAUGUAUUGACAAAUACACACAGAAAAGAUAUGAGCAAAUAACUUGUAUGCCGAGUGCUGAAUGGAGCCAAACAAAAUUCGUCUGCUGUGUGCGUUGCCUUUUCAACAAGCGGCUCAAUAUUUUGACCAUGUUUGAUUCAACAGCCUUUACAACGCAGAAGGAUUGGCAAUACAUUGUUCAACUGAUGGAGAAAACCAUUAAUAGAAUGCUGUACUUCCGUCUGGAUGUCGGAUUCGGAGCAGCUCGAUACGCUGAAGUGGUUGACACUGAAAGCGCGGUUGAAAAAGUAAGAAUGAGAUACACCGAGCAUUUCAUCCCUGUGGCAGAACAAAUCAAGAACAUGCCGAUAACUGGGAGAGAGGCAAAUUUGGGAGCGGCACUGACAUACGCCAACGAUGUUUACUUUAAAACUACCGAUAGAAGACGUGAACAAUUUCUUAUCUUGUUCACAUCAGGAUCGGGUAUAAUGAAUGACGCAGUUGUCGAGCAAGCGAAGAUUAUCAGACAGAGGGGAAUAAACAUAUUGGUGGUAGCCUUCAACGCAAAUAAGAGUGCCAGCAAGACACUAUUGGAUAUUUCUGGUCUUGAACGAAAUAUGAUAUCUGCGUCAAAUCUAGAAGACUUGGCACGUUUGUCAGAACAAAUCAGUGUAAUAUCAAUGACGACCGGAUGCACAUCAGCUAGCAAAUCACAACCGUGCUCUUAGUUUUUAUGCAAUAGACAACAAAUGAUAGUGUUAUUUGUACUUUUAUUACUAUUAUUCAAUAUCCUAGACAAAAGAGCUUCAUAGCAUUAAAAAACGAUCGAACUACCAGAAUCACUAUUGCUGCGAGUACCUGUUCUUGGCAUCACCGAAAUCGUAUUGGUAAAAAACAUGUCACAUAUUUUUCUCGUUUUAUGUUGGUCAUAUAUAAUACUAAAACCGUUUCAAUAACCAAUGCCGCGAGUAUGUGUAAUAAAUUAUAAAAGUCAAUUUACACGGCGUACCAUUUUUGACUAUUGCCUGAUCUCAAUUAAUGG